AUUGUCUAUAAAUUGAAGCAUCUCCUCCUUUCAUAUUCCAAUAAAACCACACCAACGUCUCUCUCUCUCUCUCUCUCUCUCAAAAGCAUUUCCCUCCCAAAUCUCAAGAACUUAAAAAAAAAAGUCAGUUUCCUCUGUUUCUACAAAACAGAGCAAAGAAGAAAUGAAGAUGAGUGAUUACUGGACGACAAUGGCUUCUCUAGUCGGCAUGUUAGCCUUUUGCCAAACAAUCCUCCAGCUCGUGUUCCCACCUGAGCUCCGUCUCGCCCUCAUCCACCUCCUGACACGUAUGCGCCACGUGUUCUCCUCCCACACGUACUUCGACAUAACGGAGAUAGACGGCGUCAACACCAACGAGCUCUACAACGCCGUCAGCCUCUACCUCAGCUCCUCCGUCACCGUCAACGGCGCCGUUUCCGCCGCCAGCAACAACACGCGCCUCAGCCUCACGCGCGUCCCCAACUCUAGCUCCGUCACCUUCGGCCUCUCGAACAACGACAGGAUCACCGACGUCUUCGACGGCGUCACCGUCCUCUGGGAGCACGUCGUCGUCCAGCGCCAGGUCCAGAGCUUCUCGUGGCGGCCAAUGCCGGAGGAGAAGCGAGGCUUCACGCUGCAGAUCAGCAAGAGAGACAAAGCCCUCGUCCUGGACUCUUACCUCGACCACAUCGUCGGAAAAGCGGAGGAGAUUCGCCGGAGGAACGAGGAGAGGCUCCUCUACACGAACUCGAGAGGCGUCUCGUUGGAUUCAAGGACCCACCCGUGGGACUCGGUGAGGUUCAAGCACCCGAGCACGUUCGAGACGCUGGCGAUGGACCCGGAGAGGAAGAAACGGAUCAUGGAGGAUCUGAGAGAGUUCGCGAACGGACAAGGGUUUUAUCAGAAGACGGGGAGGGCGUGGAAGAGAGGGUACUUGCUGUACGGACCGCCCGGGACAGGGAAGUCGAGUUUGAUCGCUGCGAUGGCGAAUUAUCUCGGGUAUGAUAUCUAUGAUCUUGAGCUCACUGAGGUUCAGAACAACUCGGAGUUGAGGAAGCUGUUGAUGAAGACUAGCUCUAAGUCGAUAAUUGUUAUAGAAGAUAUCGACUGUUCUAUUAGUCUGACGAAAAGAGAGAAGGUUAAUAAGAAGAAGAGUAACGGGUGUUAUGACCCGAAUUUGACUAACGGGUCGGGUUUGAUGGACGAGCCGGGUAGCUCGGUGACGCUGUCUGGGCUUUUGAAUUUCACUGAUGGGCUUUGGUCUUGUUGUGGGAGUGAGAGGAUCUUUGUGUUUACUACUAAUCAUAUAGAGAAGUUGGACUCGGCUUUGAUGAGGAGUGGGAGGAUGGAUAUGCAUAUUCACAUGGGGUUUUGUAGGUUUCAAGCGUUGAAGAUUCUGUUGAAGAAUUAUCUGAGGAUGGAGGAGGAGGAGGAUGUAGACGGUGCUGUUUUGAAGGAGAUGGAGGAAUGUGUGGAGGAGGCGGAGAUUACCCCGGCUGAUGUUAGUGAGGUGUUGAUUAGGAACAGGAGUGAUGCGGAGAAGGCUGUGAGGGAGCUUUUGUGUGUGUUGAAAGAGAGAGUUGUGAAGAGGAGGAAGAGUGGUGGAGUUAAGAAGAAGAAAGAUGAAGACGGAGAAGAGGAACAAGAGAAGAGAGCUUUGGAUAGUCCUAAUGGAAACAGAGAGUUCUUUGGGUUUGAAGAUGAAAAAGAUGGAAAUGAAGUUGAAGAGAAAUGAAGGAGAAGAGGCUGUAGUAUAGGAUUAUUGUCUAAUGGUUCACGUGUAUUUUCAUUAAGGUUGGUUUUUAUUCUGUUUUAUUUGUUCAGUCAAAAUGUUUUAGUAUAAUUUAUGAUUGUUAUAAUCAUAUAAUAUAAGUUUUUUUUUUUUGAA